ACUCCUUUCAUCUCGCCACUGCGGUGAGCGAAGCGGCGGAGGCUAGACGGAGUCGCAGAGAGGACGCACGCCACCUGUUCGACGGAAUGCGGCCUCAAAAACGGGGCAAGAGCGAUGAGGCGCCCUCCGCGGCGAGCGGGUUGGACCGCAUCAGCGGCCUCCCGGAGGGCGUCCUCCAGCACGUGCUGUCCCUCCUGCCGGCGCACGACGCGGUGCGGACCUGCGUGCUCGCCCGGCGCUGGCGCCACCGAUGGAGAUCCGCGCCGGGGCUCCGCGUCACUGGCGUCAAGGGGUGCCGCAGCGCAGACAAGUUCGUCGAGUUCGUGGACCGCCUCCUGACCAUCCGCCGCGGCGGCGCGCCACUGGAGUGGUGCGAGUUCGACCUCGACGCGAGCGACUUCGACUUCAACUACUCCUUGCCCGCCGAGAAGCGGCACGUGAGCAGCUGGAUCUGGCGCGCAGUUUGCCGCCAGGUCCGGGUGUUCCGGUUGUCGUUCAACGACUUGGAAACCUUCCUUCUGCCUGAUCUGCCUCUCGUCUCCCAGCACCUCACGAGGCUGGAACUUGCCUGCGUAAUUACCAACAACAGCUUUCUUGAUUUUUCGGGCUGUCCAGCGCUGGUAGAUCUGAAGAUGGAGUAUUGCCUUUUCAAUGCUGACAAACUGUCAUCUCCAUCCUUGAAGCAACUGAGCAUGACUGGGAGUGAAUUUUGUCCGAGUAACCGCACCAGAAUGUCUUUGCCGAGCCUUGUUUCACUGGAACUAACUCUUUAUUCGGGUAGGGCUCCAUUGUUUGAAAGCAUGCCAUCCUUAGUGACGGCAAAUGUAAGUCUUUAUUCUAUGGGUGACCCUGGUGAUUGUUCCUGUUAUGGUUGUAUACAUUACUAUGAGUCUGAUGACGACCGCACCAGCUGCGUUCUUCUCAAAAGUUUAUCUGAAGCUACACACUUGGAGCUGUCAUUUUAUUCUGAUGUGUUUGUUUUCAAUAGGGAUUUAAAGUGGUGCCCUAAAUUUACCAAGUUAAAGAGUUUGGUACUCAAUGACUGGUGUGUUGCUGCUGACUUCAAUGCACUAAUUUGUUUUCUCCAUCAUUCACCGAUUCUGGAGAAGCUUACUCUUCAAAUUUCUAAGGCAUCCAAAUAUUCAAUGGAAACAGUAGGAUGUUGCAACCCAUUGGAGCAGUCAUUUGCAUCCGACCAUCUUAGGAUAGUCGAAAUCAAAUGUGAAGAGGUUGAUGGGAGGGUUCACAAAAUUUUGAAUCUCCUGAGUACCUAUGGCAUACCACUGGAGCACAUUAAUAUCCAACAAACAAAUAGAUGUUCUGGAUCUGGAUAUGUCAAUUUCGUUUGCACUGGUUUCAGCUACAACUAGAGUUGUCUUUGUACAGGUUUCAGCCUCGCACCGAGUUGAGAGGAUUUUGAGCUACUAUCUCUUGAUUAUUCAGAAACACAUGUUGGAGUAAGUUUGUGGCUGUGCUGUUGAUGUCCUCUGAGAAUCAGGUUCUCAUAUCAGUUCCAUUUGCACAAACGAUAUUCUCACACUUUUGGCUCAUGUAAAGUUUUUGCAAACAUUUAUCCAUAGCAUGUAGCCGUGUAUGCUGCUGCUGGGGACAAAUCAUCUUGUGAAUUUGAUUUAUUCAUUGUAAGCUUGUAAUCUCUAGCAUCUGCUGGUAUCAUAUUGCUAAGAGCUUGAGAUCGAUGCUCGCUCAUGCAAAUAACCUAGCUAUUGGGUUAUUAGAUAAAUAGUAAAAUGCUGCAAUUGCUGGUUGAA